AUGGGAGUGUCCGGAAGAUGUCCAACUGUUGAAGCAAGAGGUGCGUUCUGUGUAGCAGCCACGGCAUAUGAUUGUCAUCAACAGGCUGAUUGCGAAUGGAGUGAAUUUAAGGAUAAACCGACGGCUAGCGAUAGACUGAAAAAAUGUGUCGGAGAUCGGAGCUUGAAUGCCCGAAUUCCGUUUUCUGAUUUCAUCAGUCAGCACCGGGAUGAUCCCGAGUACGUCGACUUGGUUGGCGUCCCCGUCGCUACUCCCAGGGAAAUCUUUGAAGCUGAAACGGACGCAUUAGUUGAAUCUUAUGAAGCUCAGAAGCAAAUAUUGAAGACAAUUUUGAGAUCGAACAACAAUAUUCGUGUAACUCCAUCAACAACAUAUGAAGAAUUCGUGGAAUAUUUGCAAGCCACAGAAGAAGCAAAUCAAAUAGAAGAGGUGGGAUUUUUGCUAGUAUUUACCGGUAAUAACUCUUUCGUUCUGCAGGGGAAUUUGCGGCUCUUCUACGACAGUUUGAAGAGGCGAGCUGCAAGAAGGGAGCGCGAAAAAGAGGAACUGAACGAUCAGCAGAAAGACGACGGGCACCAAACAAUUGAAACCGAUCAAGCAAGAAGGAACAAUAGCGAAGAGAAUCGCGAUGAAUCGUCAGCAAGGGAAUCUCUUCGGUAUAAACGGCAACGAGAAAAUGAUUCUGAUGGUCAAAGUAGUGAUGAAGAAAAGGACCAUGAAGAACCCUCCAGCCGAAGUCUGUCUUGCAGCGAGCGAUCAAAGAGGAAGAAGCAUCACCGUGAGGCUAUUUCCUAG